AUGGCUUCAACUACUUCGAGUGCCAUGGCGGACGUAACUGAAGUCCUCCUUUCUCCGACCUUCCUCGUCACAGCUGCCCUCCUCGUCGCCGGCAAUGUCAUCUUCUUUCUAUCUUCGUAUGUCCGCCGGCCGAGGCACUUUCCCCCGGGCCCGCCCGGUCUCCCGGGCCUCGGCAACCUCUUCCAGAUCAACAAAUCGAUUCCCGCUCUGACCUACACCGCCUGGGCGCACAAGUACGGCCAAGACAAGCCAAUGGGCGUCAAGCUGGGCGCCACCAACAUCGUGGUGCUGAACAGCGCGCGGAUGGUGCGCGACCUGUUUGAGCGGCGCGGCGCCAUCUACAGCGACCGACCGCGGCCCAACGGCGAGGACGAGAAGUGGAAGUACCAGACGCACCAGGUCCCCGCCGCCCUCUUCCACGACAACGGGCCCUGGCUGACGCGCUGGCGCCGCGAGUUCAACGGCGCCCUCGGCAGCGCCGCCGCCGUCGCCCGCCUAAACCCCAUGAACGACGCCGAGACCGCCCGCGCCCUGGUGGCCCUGCUCGAGGCGGGGCCCACCACCAGCGGCCCCGAUCUCGAGGAGAUCAUCCUGGCCUGGGUCACAAGCGUGCCGUGCAUCUCCGUGGUUGGGCAGCGGCCCGACGCCAUGGCCCACCACGGCUUUGAUGUGAAGGCCUUCCGCAGCCGCACCGCCGGCUAUAUGGUGCUCCACAAGGCCAGCCUGAUGGACAGGAUCCCCAUCCUCCGCCACCUCCCCGGCAAGUUCGGCAUGGCCGCCUGGAGGGCCGAAUCCCGCGUCGUCGCGAAGGGCUUCCCCGAGGUGCAGCAACGCAUCCGGGAGGAGGUGCUGCAAGUUUCAGGCGGCGCACCCCUCAAGGCCGCCGACGUUCCCCGCCUAGCCUACACCGAGGCCUUCUGGCACGAGGGCAUCCCGCACGCCCCGGCCCAAGACGAUGAGUACGACGGCUUCCAGAUCCCCAAGCACACAGCCGUGUACGCCAACGUGUGGCACAUCCACCACUCGCCCGAAGACUACGCGUCCCCCGAAAAAUUCGAGCCCGAGCGCUUCCUGCGCCACCCCUUCGGCAUGCGGCCCGGCGCGGCGCACGACCCGACCACCAUGGACGCGAGCUCGAGCUCAACCGCGGCGGCGAACGCGCGCGCCACCUUCGCGUUUGGGUUUGGGAGGCGGGUGUGUCCCGGCAUGUUGCUGGCGAAGCAGAGUUUGAUCUUGGGGUUGGCCAAGGUGUUGUGGGCGUUUGAGGUGCUGCCGGCGGAGGGGGGGGGAGAGUUGGAUAUGGAUGUGGAGACGGGGUUUGUGCAAGGGUUGAUUACGUUCCAUCCGAAGAAGUUGGAUGUUUCGUUGCGGUUGAGAGAGGGGAGGAGUAGGCAGGAUAUUUUGGAUCAUUAUGCCGAGGCGUAUCAGGUCGAGGCGGAGGUUAUGGGGUGGUAG